GCUUCCUGCUCUUUGCCGAUUGUGAUCAGACUCCGGGGGAACCGAACCGCGCAUGUAGCGGCUGCGCGGCACCACACGGAGCCGUUCGGCGAUGCUUUUCGGACGCGCGCGCGCGCCUUCCUGCUCCUAACGCGAUCGCCAUAGACGGUCAUACAGGCGGCCGCACGCGCGCGCGCGCACGCACGCGCAUGGCUGAUCCACGGAGGUGGUGGUGGUGGUCCCGGUCCCGGUGCUGGGCCCGGUGUCAGGAGGGCGCGGUGGACCCGGAGCGGGAGAGGCUCUGGAGCGCGCUGUUCGAUGAGCUGGACACGAAUAAAGACGGACGGAUCGACGUCGCCGAGCUGAAGGCGGGUCUGUGCGCGCGGGGGGUGCUCUCGCGCUCAUCGGCGGAGGAGCAGAUCGUCCGGGAGGGCGACACCGAUCAUGACGGACAGCUGGACUUCGAGGAGUUCACAGAGUUCCUGCGGACGCACGAGAAGCGACUCCGCCUCAUGUUCAGCAGCCUGGACCACAAUAACGACGGUCAGAUCGACGUCGGUGAGAUUCAGCUCUCGCUCCACAACCUGGGCGUGGACGUGACCCUGGAGGAGGCUUCCAAAAUCCUGCAGAGCAUGGACAAGGACGGCACCAUGACCAUCGACUGGAUGGAGUGGCGCGACCACUUCCUGUUCAACCCUCUGCACAGCAUGGAGGACGUCGCCCUCUACUGGAAACGCUCCGUGAUGUUGGACAUCGGCGAGCUCCUGACCGUCCCGGACGAAUUCUCCGAGAAGGAGCGGAAGUCGGGCUUCGUGUGGCGGCAGCUGAUGGCCGGCGCCAUGGCCGGCACCGUGUCCCGGACCGGCACCGCCCCACUGGACCGACUCAAAGUCUUCCUGCAGGUUCACGGCCAGAAGUCGGACAAGGGCAGCGUGUGGAGGGGGCUGAGGGCCAUGGUCAAGGAGGGGGGGCUCAUGGCCCUGUGGAGAGGGAACGGGAUCAACGUUCUGAAAAUCGCGCCCGAGACCGCCAUCAAGUUCCUCGCCUACGAACAGAUAAAGACGCUGAUCCACGGCAGUAAGGACGGCGGGAGUCUGAAGGUGCGAGAGCGAUUCCUCGCCGGGUCGCUGGCCGGAGCCACCGCUCAGACCGCUAUAUAUCCCAUGGAGGUGCUGAAGACCCGACUGACCCUGCGUAAGACCGGGCAGUACUCGGGCGUGUUCGACUGCGCCCGUCAGAUCCUGCAGAAGGAGGGCGUACAGGCGUUUUACAAAGGCUACAUACCCAACAUCCUGGGCAUCAUUCCCUACGCUGGCAUCGACCUGGCCGUCUACGAGACCCUGAAGAACUCCUGGUUACAGAGACACGCCUCCGGUUCAGCCGACCCCGGGGUGCUGGUGCUGGUCGGCUGUGGGACGGUUUCCAGCACGUGUGGGCAGCUGGCGUCGUAUCCGCUCGCCCUGAUCCGCACACGCAUGCAGGCGCAGGCCUCGGUGAAGGGCGCUCCUCAGCUCUCCAUGGUCUCCCUGUUCCGGAGCAUCAUGGCUCAGGAGGGCGUGGUGGGACUGUACCGCGGCAUCGCGCCCAACUUCCUCAAGGUCAUUCCUGCCGUCAGCAUCUCCUACGUCGUCUACGAACACAUGAGGAAAGCGCUGGGGGUCGGGAUGUGAGCGCAAGACAAAAAAAUCAAAAAGUCUCAGAUCCUUUUGAUAAAGACUCUCAAUCGAAAGGGCUACUGGGUUGCCAUUUAUUGUGAAUCAAAGUAAACGGUUUAUCUAACGGGACUGAAAGCUUGUACACUGUAAGGCUAAAAGUAUUUGGACACCUGACCGUAAGCUUGUCGGAUGUCCCAUUUCAAACGGAGCGGCCUCUCACAGGACGUCUGUGGGAAUUUGUGCCUGUUCAGUCAAAAUAUGACAGCAAUCGGCCGCUCAGGUGGCGCAGCGGUAAAAACACACGCUGGAACCAGAGCUGGGAUCCCGAAUACAUCGUAUAGAAUCUCGGCUCUGCCUUGCCGGCUGAGGCUGAGCGGCCACAUGAACAACGAUUGGCCUGUUGUUCAGAUAUGGGCGGGACUAAGCCGGAUGGGGUUUCUCUCUCUCAUGACUGGUGCAAUUACGACCUCUGCUGGCUGAUUGGUGGUGCCUGCACAGAGAUGAGAAAAGAGUGCUGUCAGGGUGUGUCUCUCCAUACACAACGCUGAGCUGCACUGCACUCGUCAAAGUGUAGGUGAUAAGAUGCGUACGGCUGCUGCCCACGUGGCUUCGUUCUCCUCAAUCAGAGCAGGGAUCGGCAUUGGUGGAGAGGAAGCGUGACGCAAUCGGGCAAUUGGACGCCCUAAAAAGGGAGAAAAAGCAUAAAGAAAAUAUGAUAUAUAUAUAUAUAUAUAAGCUCUUGAGUGUACCUAAGGUCACAAAUUCAACAAUUAGAAUGGGUGUCCCAAUACUUUUGUCCAUAUGGUGUGUUUUAAAUAUGCAACAAAAAAAAAAGGUAAGCUGCUUACCAUAACGACCUCUCCCUGAACUAUAGAUUAAGUCCCUCGUACUGGGCAGUUACGUUAUUAUUUCACAAUUUUAGAGUUCGUUUUGCGCUGUUGGUCGUCAGGGUCCUGAUAUUCAGGCUCGUGAGCCGUCGUUAUGUAAAGAGGUUUAAAAGAACCACUUUUGUUUAUAUUAGUUGUGAGAAAUGUGAGUGUGUAGGACGUGUAGCGUGUUUUCCGGACUAUAGGAUGCAUUUCUGGCCACCAGAAUUAAAGUUCUGGGGGUUUAGCUCAGAAUCCAUCAGAUGGUUACAGGUUUGGUGUAGCAUUGGGUUUCCGGCGUGACUUUCCUGCAUCCUAUAUCUUAACAAGAAGGACUUCUUGCCAGUUAAUAGCUAGUUAGAUAGCUAGCUAUGAUUCCUCGGGUAAACAAUGGUAGCUACCUGUUUUACCAGAGUAAUAAACUGUUUACCCGGCACCGUGUGUUCGAAAUGUGGUCGGGGCUAGCGCUAUAGACAUAACAUUAAAACCACCUCCUUGUUUCUACACUCAGCUCCACUUACCACAUAGAAGCACUU